GAGUAAGAAACAGAAAGAGAGUUAGGGGAAAGUGAACAAGAAGAAGAACAACAAGAAGAGGAGGAAUAAUAAGGACAACAAAAAGGGUGAUGGUGAAUAGAUAUUUUUAUACUAUUGCAACAUUUUAUUGUCAUUUUUUAAAUUUACAUUGUCAUUAUGAUUAAUAAUAUAUUAUUUCAGAAGAAGAAAUGGAGGAGGAGAGCAAGAAAGGGAAAGAAGAGAAUGACAAUGACAAUGAGCAUGUGCUUGAGAAGGAUCUUGAGAAGGAGCCUGAGAAGGAGCAUGAGCUAGAGAAGGAACUAGAGAAGGAGCCUAAGAAGGAGGUUGGGCUACAGAAGGAGCAUGAGAAGCAGCUUGGGCUAGAGAAGGAGCCUGAUCUAGAGAAGGAACCUGAUCAGAAGGAGCUAGAGAAGGAGGCUGAGAAGGAGGCUAAGAAGAAGGUUGAGAAGGAGUCUGAGAAGGAGCCUAAGCUAGAGAUUGGGAAGGAACUACAGAAGGAGGCUGAGAAGGAGCCUGAGAGGAAGUCUGAGAAGGAGCCUGAGCUAGAGGUUGGGAAGGAGCUAGAGAAGGAGCCUCAGAAGGAACCUGAUCUACAAAAUGAGCCUGAUCAUGAGCAACCAUCAAUUGAUCAUGAAUUAACUGACCAACCAUCAACUGACCAACCAAGUCAUGUCAUGAACAUUGAGUCCACAAGUGAUAAGUCAGAACUAGAUUAAUCAUUCAUUGAUGCGAUUGUUAAAAUUUUUGGUGUAGACCAGUCUUUGGUUGAUGCACCUUUAAGUAGUACGGGCUCGCAGUUUAGUGAAAGCAAGUACCUGGUUGGAAGUCAUAAAGCUGAUGCUGUUGGUGGUGCUUCUGCAUUUGAUGUUCCAAAGGGGGAAGGAUGUUGAAGGUGUUGUUCAUAGGGGGGAAGGUAUCCUUGAUGUUGAGAACAAGGAUGUUCCAAAGGGGGAUGCUGAUGUUGAAGGUGGUGUUCAUAAGGGGGAAGGUGAAGAGAACAAGGAUGUUGCAACAACAGAAGAGGAGCUACCCAAAUUGUCAGAGGCAAGGCUAGUGAAGGUGUAGCCGAUGCAGCAAAGGGGAUAGAUAGCGUUAUCUCGAAGUGCCCUGAGUAUUGAAAACCUUCUGCCACCUAUGACUCUGAAGAUUAAUCACAGACUACAAAUGUGCAGAAUAAGAGGCACCAACUCAGUAGGAAACAGAGGAAGAUAUUAAAGCCUCUUACCCUACCUAUUUUGUAUAUCAAUCAAUGGCGGCCAAAGGGUAUUCGUCGUUUCAGGGUACCUUUGCGUGAUUAUUUAGAUGAGCACAUGUCAUUCAGCACAAGAAAGAUUAGAAAUGAUGAGUAUGUAUAGCCUUGAAAAUCUUUA